AUGCUAAGAGCAAUUUCCUCAUUAACUGGUCGUCCGCUUCCAAGCCCUGAUACCACAUCGUGCAAGGUCUGUGGUAACAAGCCAUUCGUCGAAAACGGAUAUCGGCACCCAUUCUGUAGUCGCAAUUGUGCAAGAAUUGCUUUUGGAAAACGUACCGUUCACGGCCAUCAGGACCUCUGCGAGGCAUGUGGUAAUCGACCUAAAUUCGUUGAAAAUGGAUACCAGCAUCCGUAUUGCAGUCGUACAUGUUCGCGAAGAGCAAAGCAUCAAAAUAUACCCCUCCACGUUGCCAAAGCCUCGCCAUUUGCUGGCCGUUCAACGAUUCAUUUCUACCAUAAACGCGAUCCAUAUUAUGGUUUCACCAAUUUCUCGCCUCACCCUGUCAAUUACAAUGGAGAGUUGUACCCGACAAGCGAACACUUGUUCCAGUCCUUCAAGUUCGAGCACAACCCCGACCUCGUCAAACAUAUCAGAACCUUCUCGCCGUGGCCUCGUGACGUCUUUGCGGAGGCUCGCCGACUACAACACGAAGUCAGGCAUGACUGGAAUCAAGUAAAAAUUGAAAAGAUGGAACUCGCCCUCUAUCUCAAAUUCACUCAACAUCCUGACAUCAGAGUGGAGCUUUUAUCCACGGGAAAUGCGGAGUUGGUUGAGGACUCAGACAAGGACUCCUUUUGGGGCAUCGGUUCAGACCGUUUGGGCCGGAACGAGCUGGGGAAAGCAUUGGAGAGGCUGAGAAGUCUGCUGCAUGCCCGUGGCUAUUAG